AUGGACAAGUCAUACGAUGACUUGCUGGCGAUUUCAACAUUAGUGCUGUCACUUAGUCAAAAUUUGAAUGACUCAGAAGAAUAUAUAACGCAACUACAAACUUUAUCAAAAGACUUAGUAUCAAAAGACCAAUACGAACAACUAUCAAAAGAAUCUGGUGAUGAUUUAAUUAAGUCCAAUAGUGUUGCUAAUGGAGAUGAUGAAAUGGCAAUUAUACGUAAAUUGGAAGAGGAAAGAUUAUCUUUGAUUAUGGAUAUACAACGAGAGGAUUUUAUUUCAUCCAAGUUGAUUGAAUUGAUUGAUCAAAACCACGAAAUAAUUGAAUCAGUUAAGGAAUACCUAGAGGCUAGAGAAUCAAUAAAAGAAGAGAAAGCGGCUUCCUUCAAGAGGCAACUAGAAAUUCUUGUAAGUGAUGUUGUACUACCUAUUUCGGCCCAGCUAGAUGCAAACAUGACCGAAUUGCUGGCGAGAAUGAAGACAGUUGCUCGGAAGCUUGUCAGAAUACAACUCAGAGCCAAAGAAAAUCCCAGUUUAUUGAUGUCAGAAAAUUAUUUAAAGGAAUUUAAUGAGUUAGUCCAAUGCUUUUAUUCGCUAUGUAAAGAAUACAAAACUACUUAG